AUACACUCAUCCGGAUGAUAUUUUAGUCUGUCUUGGACACCAGGAGUGAAGCCUGCGGGGGCCCGCUGUUGUUCCUGGAGUAACAAGUCCCAGUUUCUGUGGUGGAACAUUAACUUGAAGUCGGCGUAAAGAGCAUAAAUGAUCGAGGUUUUACAUUCGUGCCCACAGAAAGAGAGAGAGAGAGAGAGAGAGCACAGUGGGACGGACUUGGAUGUCAGUAAGGAGAUCCCGCUCCCGCAGUAAAGAUCCAAAGCCUCCAGAAAGUAAAGCAAUAUGACUAAGAAACUAUGUGGGACCAAUUACCCAACCAGCAUCUGCUUCAUAGUGGUGAAUGAGUUCUGUGAACGCUUCUCCUACUAUGGCAUGAAAGCGGUGCUGACACUCUACUUCCUCACGUACCUACACUGGGACAAGGACCUUUCCACCGCUGUCUACCAUGCCUUCAGCAGCCUCUGCUACUUCACACCCAUACUGGGAGCUCUCAUUGCUGACUCCUGGCUCGGAAAAUUCAAGACCAUCGUCUACCUGUCCAUCGUCUAUGUGAUCGGCCAUGUGGUCAAGUCGGUGGGUGCCAUUCCCACUGUGGGGAACCCUGAUGUGCACAUCGCUUUGUCCAUGGUAGGGCUGAUACUCAUAGCCUUCGGCACCGGAGGAAUCAAACCCUGUGUGGCAGCGUUUGGAGGAGACCAGUUUGACGAGGAGAAUGUCAGCGAGAGGCAGAAAUUCUUCUCCAUUUUCUACAUGUCAAUUAACGCUGGGAGCCUCCUGUCGACUGUGAUUACACCCAUACUGAGAGGUGAUGUGCAGUGUUUCGGUGGUGACUGCUACGCUCUGGCCUUCGGGGUUCCUGCAGCUCUGAUGGUCGUGGCUUUAGUUGUGUUCAUUGCCGGCAGCAGCCUGUACAAGAGGAAUCCUCCCCAGGGAAACAUCCUGUUGGAAGUCUGCAAUUGCAUUGGGUUUGCCAUCAAAAACCGCUGGCAGAGACGGAGAUAUGAGCCUCAGAGAAAGCACUGGUUGGACUGGGCUGAGGAGAAGUACUCGAAGCGUCUGAUCCAGGAGAUAAAGAUGGUGCUCCGGGUUUUGGUGCUCUACAUCCCGCUGCCAAUGUUCUGGGCUCUGUUUGAUCAGCAGGGUUCCCGCUGGACACUUCAAGCCACGAGGAUGAACAUGGCUUUUGGAGAUUCCUUCACUAUUAAGCCGGACCAAAUGCAGAUGUUGAAUGCGCUGAUGAUUCUUCUCUUCGUGCCCAUCUUUGACCUCAUCAUAUAUCCGCUCGUUGGCCUUUGCAGAAUCAACAUCACGCCUCUCAGGAAAAUGGCCGCAGGGAUGGUUUUUGCAGCGCUGGCCUUCGGAGCAGCCACACUGGUGGAAGUGAACGUUGUGAAAACAGUGGUGGAUCCUGCACCUGCUGGGAACUGUCUCCUGCAGGUCUUUAACCUGGCAGGAGGGGACGUCAGUCUGCAGAUCCCCGGCAGCAACCCAUUUCCAGAACCGAUCAAAUACCUUCAGGACCCUCCGAAAUAUGAGAUGCUUCCACUGAAGGCGCCCAGCAAGAUGCUGAAGAUUGAAGUCACUUUGAAUGGAGCAACCUCAGAGUGUCAACACAUAUUUAACCAACAGAAUUCCUACAGUCUCAUCGUAUUCUCCGAAACUACUGGAGUCCAGUGCAAACUUGUGGGUGACUACAUAAAGAAAAAUGAAGAUGGAAAUCCUCUUCUGAGGUUCCUCAACACACUGCCAGAAGCAAUAAACCUGACUGUGGGAGAUGUGACUUUCCACGUGCCCUCUGGUGACAUGUCUCCUAACAAGACUGUGGAACGGCGAGAAUAUGCAGAAGUCAGCUGCAGCCUAGAGUCAAAAGAGUGCUCCAAUGUUAACCUUGGACUGCUGGACUUCGGAGGCUCCUACACUGUCAUACUCAUGGAGGAAUUCGGUAAAGUUGGGGCUCGCAAGAUGGAGGAUGUGAAAGCCAACAACGUGCACAUCGCCUGGCAGAUCCCCCAGUACGUCCUCAUAACAACUGGAGAGGUCAUGUUCUCCAUCACAGGCCUGGAGUUCUCCUACUCACAGGCUCCAGCCAACAUGAAGUCUGUCCUGCAGGCCGGCUGGCUGCUCACUGUUGCGUUUGGGAAUGUGAUAGUGCUGAUUGUGGCAGAGGGGGCGGGACUGGAACAGUGGAAGGAGUUCCUUCUGUUCGCCGGCCUGCUGUUAGGCGUCUUCAUCAUCUUCUCCAUCAUGGCCUACUUCUACACCUACGUUGACCCCGAUGAGCUGGACAAGAUUUAUGCGGGGGAUGCAGGGAAGGAGGAAGACGACCAUGACGACACGAAAAAGAAAACUAAGGACAUACAACUGAACAAAACAGGGAAGAGCACCAGACUGUAACCGUGUUAGAUUGCGUAAACCAUCUUCUUUGCUGUAGCUGAUUUGAGUGUUGGAUGAGUAAUGAGAAGGUACUGUGUUUUAUUUCAGUUUUCAGAUCUGUUUUUUUGCGAUAAUGAAACACUAAGAUGGGAUCAUUGGACAUUUCUUGUGGUUAGAAGUCCAGUGUUUGUUUGUCACAUCCUUUUAAUAUAGUCUGUCAAACCUUUAAAACUCCAUUCACUGAAAGCUUUUUUAAACCGGAGAACAGUAAAGUUUUUUCUGAAUGAGACUGAAUACAUGAAACAGUAUUUAAAAGAGGCUAAAUAAUGUGAUUUCCCUCAGUAUGAUCAAUAUUAUUACAAAUGAAUGUUAAAUAUCAUAUGCUGUAUAUAUUUGUUUCGUAUUAUGUCAAAAUGUUAUAUUUUCUAUGAUAAUCUUAGUGUAUACUGCCUUUGACAAAACACGCUGGAGAAAUGGUUCAGUUUACAUUGUGUGCUUAUAAUAAUGAUAUUAAAAGGACUAAAGGUACUCGUGGUUUUGCAUGUUAUAGAUCAUUCAUUCAAAAACAAUUACCAUUACCAUUACCCAUUUAUCAAAACAUUUAAAAAAGUCAUCCAAAAGAUUACUGAUUGGUAGGGCAGUUUUAAGCAGGGAUUGUUUUAAAAACUGUGCUUGUUGAUCUGAUAUCUGAGUUUAAGGAGCUCAUCAGCAAUCCUUCUGUGCAAACAACCACAUUCAUAUUCGUUUGAGAAUGUUUUCUUACCGUCUGUCUUCUGGGUUUGAUUUUCUGAAAGCUCGUCACUGCCGAAUGUCAGACGUGACGCAUCCUUGCACAUCAAAUACUCAAAGAAAUGCAUAGCUAUUUGCAUUACCACACAACAACAGUCAAAGUCAGGGGAAGGUUCACUGUCUCUUUCAGACGAGUUUAAAGGCUCUGCACAUUAAAGUGAGUUACUGCAUAGCAGGAGGAAAAUUAAUAACGUAUAUGUGAUCUGUAGUUGUGCUAAAACAUGCAAAACCAACAGUAUGGUCCUUUCAAGUUAUACAAUAUAUUCUUAUUCAGGGAAAGUGUAAAUAAUGCAGCUGCCUAUAAAGUUCUGUAAAUAGACAGUUGUGCUUAUUUUUGUGCUUUUUAAAUUAAAAAGAAUAUUAAAUGUU